GUGCGGUCUUGCUUAGUAGUUGCACCCCGACCCGUCGCAGUAACCCGUCAUCAACACUCGACACACAUGCGCAAGAAAACCUGCAAUAAUGCUUUUCUACUCGUUUUUCAAGUCGCUGGUGGGGAAGGAUGUGGUGGUGGAGCUCAAAAACGACUUGAGCAUCUGCGGAACGCUUCACUCUGUUGACCAGUACCUGAACAUCAAGCUCACAGACAUCAGUGUCACCGAUCCAGAGAAAUAUCCACACAUGCUGUCCGUGAAAAACUGUUUCAUCCGUGGAUCGGUGGUCCGGUACGUUCAGCUGCCCGCGGAUGAGGUGGACACUCAGCUCCUGCAGGACGCUGCGCGAAAAGAAGCCAUGCAGCAGAAGCAGUGACCGACCCGAAGAACGGGGUCCAGUUUGGACUGGGGGGGUUUUGUGACAGUGAAUUAUUAUAUAGAUUUGAGUUGCAUUCAAGAUGAUACGGUUUGUGCCGCUCUUGUGAUUUAAGCCGUAUUGGUCAUGUUCCUGGGCUUUCACAAGGAACUCAAUUGCAUUCCUCGACGUCAGCGAUCAAUAAGUUUGCAAAUGGUCUUCAACCGCGCAGGAAGGCUUCAUUUGAUACUGCCUUUUUUGGGGUUUUGUGUAAAAGAAAUGGGACUAAAUUAAAUUUUUCGAGCCCAGUCGAGGUAAAGAUCUGUUAAGUUUCUGUUGAGUAAAACGAGCACUGUUAUUUACCCUUUUUUUUUAAUGCCUUGUUUUUUUGUUUGUUUUAUGCCACUUCAAAAUAAAACGCUAUUUUAUUUACA